CGUCGCGAUCUCUAACGCGGAGAAUGAUGUAUGUAGGAAGGAAUGUUGUUUCUUUAUCGAUAAUGGUAUAUUGGAUGGUUUCAAGGCUCACGCACAUGCGGCAUUGAUAGAUUCGCGGGAGUGCGGAAUACAUUGUCGUUUUACCAUGUGACGUUGUUAUUGAAAUGAUAAUCGAGCGAGCGUGUGGAGCGCUCACCGUCACUAGCUUUCCAAUCGACGAGUUCGCUCAAAUUUCCCGCCACUCUAAUGCCCGUUUUGAUUAAUGGACCAGCCGAUGCGAGUGUGCACUUGGGAUCGCUAAUGCAAUUGGCAUUUUGCGUAGUUUCGCGGGCGCUCGUCAUAACACUCGAAUGCCUCGAAUAAACGGCCCUGGUGGUUUGAAUUAACGGAGAGGCAGUCGGCAGCAAGUCGCUGGAGGCGCUGCGCCGGGAAGAAGGAGAGUACAUAUAUCGAUAGCCGAUCGAGCGCAGGUAUCGGCAGAACUAGUAAAGGAGCGGGCGCGCGAUCACGAAUGUACAUAUUCAAGUCGAGCGCGAUUGCCGCCACGAGGGGCCACGAGGAGGAAUUCAGCGGGGAUCGAGGAGGGCUCGUCGCUAUGUCUCGGCUCAGCUCGUCCGUAUCGUUUUCCAUAUAAAGUAGCGCCCCUGUGCCCCGGGGUCCCGUCCCUCAUUGCGAGAUGCGACUGCUGUCGAGGGUCCUGGCCGAGGGUCUUGUGCUUCUCGCGUGUCUAAUAAAUGCCGCUCGUAGUGUGGAGGAGCCGGUGUUUGGGCUGCGAAGUCGCGCCUUCGUCGCGAGGAGCACGAGGCACUUGAUCCUAUGGCAGAUGCAAGGAGCCGCCAAGCGUCAGCGAGCCAACGUCGAGACUUUCGUUGAUCUAGUGAGAGCUACGGGCUACCAAGCCGAGGAACACGACAUAUCGACCGAAGAUGGUUACAUUUUGAAGCUUCAUCGCAUGCCUGGUAGUCCCAAAUCCCCCGUAGGUCCCAAAAAGCCUGUAGUUCUCUUCAUACACGGCCUCUUAGCUGCUUCGGACAUUUGGGUGCUUCGUGGACCGGAUGAAGAUUUAGCUUAUUUAUUGGUGGAUGCUGGUUAUGAUGUCUGGUUAAUGAAUAUGAGGGGAAAUUUCUAUGCACGACGACAUAAAAAUCUAAAACCGAAAGAGGAGAAAUUUUGGCGUUUCAGCUGGCACGAAUCGGGAUUGUUUGACACUGCAUCGUCUAUUGAUUAUAUUCUAAAUGUCGCCGGGCAGAAGAAAUUAUCAAUAAUCGGACACUCUAUGGGAUCUACGAUCAGUCUUGUAUUGCUCUCAAUGAAGCCAGAGUAUAACGAAAAAAUUAAUGGGAUGCUUUUCUUUGCGCCAAUUUCAAUUUUCACGCAUGUCUUACCGGGACCACUUAGUACAAUUGCUGUACGCUAUGGUAAACAACUACAGAAAACAUUAAAAACAUUAGGAGUUAAUGAAAUAAUGCCUCGCAAUUCCAAUUUAAUUGGCAUAUACACGACAUUCUGUCAAGCACCGCAUAUUGAAUUGUUAUGUCAAAAACUAAUGUUUAACAUGGCUGGAUUAUUACGAUCUAGUCGAUUUGAUGCAUUCGAUGAAGCUAUGUUCUAUAAAAUGAUGCACCAUUAUCCUCAAGGUUCAUCGGUUGAUACGAUUCUUCAUUAUAGGCAAAUUAUGAUUAGUGGAAAGUUUCGACAGUAUGACUUUGGACCAGAUGUAAAUUACAUUUAUUACAAGAAUGUGACACCUCCUGAAUAUCCUUUAGAAAGGAUAACGGUUCCGACUGUUUUAUAUUAUGGAAUGAAUGAUGCAUACACGACAAAAGAGGACGUGGAAGCCCUGAUGGCGAAAUUACCAAACGCCGAAAUUCGAGAGAUUCAGCACGAGCGCUUUAGUCACCUUGACUUUAUAUUUUCAAAUUUUGCGAAAAGCGUCCUCUAUGAGGAUUCGAUUCGCAUGCUCGAUCAAUUCCGUAAUGAUGACGAUCCAAGCGAACAGACGCUCGAGCAGGCGAUUGAGCAUGCAAAACUAGCGCCAUCCACCGUCACAGUGUAAAAUGGUUCAAUGCUUUUUUAAAAAAUGAUUCUGUUAUAGUUAAUAUCCUACUGUGGGUAUUUAUUUGAUUAUGGCGAUUAUAAUACUAAAAAGUAUUGUGUCUGCACACUAAUUGAUUGCCAUGAACAUUUUACCUUACU